CCAGCCUGCACUGCUCACACAGGAGCUUCGAGGAAGGUGGGAGUGCAAUUCGGGGGAGCUGCGCGAUCCCGGCCUAGGAACAGGUAGAGUUCUCCGACAGCCAGGCGUGCUUUGCAUUGGAGCUUCGCCUCCAGGACUUGAUGUGUGCUAGCCUCCGGAUGUUGAAAUGAUCCCGAGUCGGAGGGGUGCUCGGGCGCUGGCUGAUCCUGAGGCCGGCCGGAUGCGGGGCCCCGGCUGGGGAGGCUAGGGGGCAGGCCUCGCCUGGCUAUGGGCUGCUUGCAGAGCGUGGCGUGCAAGGCGCGAGUGCGCAGGGAGAACAUCGUGGUAUACGACGUGUCGGCAUCAAUCGAACCGGGAGCCACCGCCAUCGAAGAGACAUCGCCCAUCGUGCUGCGCUACCGAACGCCCUAUUUCCGCGCCGCCGCUCGCGUCCUUAUGCCGCCUAUCCCGCGCCGUCACACCUGGGUGGUGGGUUGGAUCCAGGCCUGCAACCACAUGGAGUUCUACAACACCUACAGCAACCUGGGCAUGUCGAGCUGGGAACUUCCAGACUUGAGAGAAGGACGUGUAAAAGCCAUCAGUGACUCUGAUGGAGUGAGCUAUCCCUGGUAUGGGAACACCACAGAAACAGUUACCUUGGUUGGUCCUACCAAUAAGGUUUCCAGGUUUUCAGUCAGUAUGAAUGACAAUUUUUAUCCUAGUGUGACAUGGGCUGUCCCUGUGAGUGAUAGCAAUGUGCCACUAUUGACUAGGAUCAAACGGGACCAAAGUUUUACUACAUGGUUAGUGGCCAUGAAUAUGACUACUAAGGAAAAAAUAAUUUUGCAGACUAUAAAAUGGAGGAUGAGAGUAGACAUUGAAGUUGAUCCCAUGCAGCUCUUGGGCAAGCGAGCCCGCCUGGUGGGGAAAACUCAACAGGAGCAGCCUAAGAUUUUGGGCAGAAUGGAACCCAUCCCACCAAAUGCACUAGUGAAACCCAAUGCCAAUGAUGCCCAGGUCCUCAUGUGGAGGCCUAAGAGAGGUCUGCCUUUGGUAGUGAUACCACCAAAAUAAAAAAUGCAUUUAAAUGAGGACUUUUGCCACUCUAGAAUGGAUAUCUGAGCCAAAGAAGACCUUUCAGGUUCACCUGCCUUUUGUUACUGCAAGUGUGAAGAGGGCUUCUUCAAUAUGGUGUUAGAUGGCAAUGGCCAAUUAUGUGCCACUGCAGAAUAGUUGAAUUUCUGGACUUCGGAAGAAUAAAUGUUAUUUUAUGCUUUCAGGGGCAUUCUCAUGGAGAAGAAAGUUUCUAUUCUUAAUCUUGAAAUACAAUGAAUAUGAAUAUAAUUUUCAGUGCCUGUGGCUAAUGCUGCUUCCCAACCAAUUAAAUGUGAUUAUAAAGACUGUUCUUAUGAGAUAUUUAUGGAGUCCUAUUAUGUUGCUUGAUUUCUGCUGGUUUAGGACAGGAAGGGAUGACAUAUUACCACAUUAUAGCUAUGCAUUUUAAUUGAUAAUCAGAAUGAUCAGUGUGCUCAUUGGAAUGAAGAGGAUGUUUACAAAAAGAAAAUACUGUCAAUUUAAUCUCAUCAGUAUAAAAAAAGCAGUCCUACCCACAAGGAACUAUCCAGAGUGCUGAAUUUUGAAAAUCAGGAUCUUCAUCUAAUCAACUUCUUUCUUGGGCUAAUUAUUUGGAUUAGUGAAAUUAAGACUUUUUGCAUGUUUUUCAAUGUGUUCGAGGAAUUGUAACUCUAGGAACUUUGCCAUAGAGUUUUACCAAGCUAUAGGUGAAAUCCAAGGUAAAUAACUGGCAACAGCCUAAGUAUUUAAGAAAUGCUUUUGUUUUCUUAUACUACCUCUGUUAUUUAUAGAGACUUAAUGGAUAUCUACUCAUAGCAUGUUUUUUCAAUUUUUGGGGGGAGAGAGGGGGAAAUAAUUAAUUACAUUUGGGAUGGAAGGUGUUCAGAUGUUCAGAAAGUUAGGUGCAAUCCAGGUCACUAUCAGCAUUGUAAAACAAAAUGAUCUGAACUGUUACUAAAUAUGGAUAAAAAGGGAGACUUUGAAAAUUCAGUUUGUGUCACUUUUCUGCUGGGCUGUGACAUCUUUGCUUAUGGGGGAGGGGAGAAGGGCAUUCAGAACAGGGGAACAGCUGUGGAACAAAAGCAUUACUUUGUAAUAUAGGCGAAAAAAACCAGAUAACAUUUUGCAAGAGCAGACAUUAUUCAAGGGCUACCAUUUGAAUAAUGGGAAACUUCCCAAAAUACUUUCCCCCAACUUAAAUGUAGCUAGGGGAGGUAUUUUAUUUUCUUGUGUUUGAGAAGAAAUACAUAGAUUAAUACAUAGAUUUUAGAUUAAAUAAUGAAAAAAAAAGUUAAUGGGUAUUUUACCUUCUCUUGCAUUUUUUUGAGAAUUCAUUAAUUUGUCUCAACUCUAUUUAAUGUGAUGAUCAUAUCUAAACAAGAAAAUAAAUGUAGUUAUGAAUUUUAGCUUACAAAAUCUUCAAAGAUGUGUUUUAGCUUAUUUCACUUUCUAUAUAAUUGUUCUGGGAAUCUUUGAGAAAGAGAAUAACUAUAGUUCCAGUUUUGCUUUUUCAUCCCAUAUUAAGAGCCUUAACAGCAAAGAUGGUCCUAUAGAAAGCUCCAAAAUUUAAAGUCCCCCCCCCAAAUAUUGUGCUUUUACCUUCUAUUUAACUUUCAUAUGUGGGAUGUAUAGCUAAGAAAUAAUGGAUAAAGUUUUAUACAAUGAAUAUCAAUUCAGGAAUGUUUGAGGAAUAUAUAAGAAUGAGCAAAUAGUAUUGAAAAGUAUUUUUCAAGUAUAUAGGGAUUACAGGAUAUUUCCCAAAGAGAAGCAUGGUCUUAUGGGUCAUUUUAUUUUCCAUAUCUGAGUGUACAGUGCUCUAAAUAUUGGGCAUUUAUACAUCUAUCUAUCUAUCUAUCUAUCUAUCUAUCUAUCUAUCUAUCUAUCUAUCUAUCUAUCUAUCUAUCUAUCCAUCCAUCCAUCCAUCCAUCCAUCCAUCCAUCAUCUAUCCAUCUAGACUGGAUAUGAAAGAUUUAGAUUAUUCUUCUAAAUCUCAGCAGUUUUCUUGACAAUUGACUCUCUGUUUGCAAUAAUUCUAUCCUAAAUUCUAUCUUUUGGGGAGAACACCUUCCAAGUGCAUUAGGACUACAUUUUGGCUGCCAUUCUUAAAACCUUAAAUGCAAUUCCUUCCUUAGCGCUAGUUUUGUCCUCAUUUUGAUAUUGAUCUGCCUCACUAUAAAAUGCAUAGCACAGAAUGAUCCCAUUGUUGCCAUGUUUCCCUAUAGAAUUUUAUUACUCCUACAUUUACAUUUAUAUGAGUCCUGUUACACUAGCAGAAUAUAAGAACUCUGAACAUCAAUAAUAUACAUAUUAUUCAAGAUUUAUAAGAAAUUACAUUAAAGAGUUGUGAAAUAACUUCCACAAAUUCCUUAAGCAUUUGGGAAUUUAAUAUAUAUUACCUCAGAGACAUUCACUCAUUCAUAGUUCAUACAUAGAUUUUAACAUCUUGCUUAUUCUGGUCUGCAUGAUCUUCCUUACACC